ACGCCCAAAAUCGCUUCUGGCCUACGCCUCUUGCUCUCACGUCGCCAUCGCCCUGCCCGAAGUGGCGACUGGUUAACAUGCCACCAGCCGCCGCCCCCUCCUGCCGCUGCCCGUCCACUCCGCAGUUCCCCCGAUCUUCUCACUUCGAGCCCGACCCACUCCACUUCACCUCCUCCUCGCCACCCACCAACCCCCGCCAUACCCAAUGGCGGCCGACGCCGACUACCUAGACGACGACGAGUUCGACGACUACAACCCGCACCCAUACGCCGGCGGCUACGACAUCACCGCCACCUACGGCUCGCCUCUCCCGCCCUCCUCCGCCACCUGCUACCCCGUCGCCUCCCGCGCCGCGACGCCCGCCCCCACCGCCCCGCAGCCGGUGCCGCGAUCUCCGCUCCCUCAGCCGCCCACAUCCGCCCCGGCGCCAGCGCCACAGCCCCCUCGGCCGAGCUCGCCACCGGCCCCCGCGGCGGAGCCGUACUACUGGCCCAAGCCAUACGACUACGGGGACGCGCCGCGCCACCAGCCGUUGUACCCCACGCCAGAGGUGUUCCGCGGGUGGCCGUUCCUGCCGCCGCCGGUCGCGCCGCACUGCCACUGCCGCUCCACGUGCGCGUGCGCCCGCGCCCGCGCCCGCGACUACUGGAGGCACUGCAUGCGGGGGCUUGACUACCUCUUCGGCCACUGCGACGGCUACGGGGAGCGCCGCAUCGGGGUCGACUCCCUCGGUGUACCCGUCUACGCCAACACGAAGGGGGGCGUCGAGGACUCCGUCGUCGUCGAGGUGGCGCCGCCGGCCACCGGGACUGUCCAGUGGCACGACGACGGCGAGGUGCAGUUUCAGAGCAACCGAUCGUCUUGGUAUGGUAAUGCAGAAGAGGAGACGCAUUCAUAUGAGCAGCCUACCUACAUUUCAUAUGAUCGAUCUUAUGAGCAGCCUACCUACAUUUCAUAUGAUCGAUCUUAUGAGCAGCCUACCUACACUUCAUAUGAUCGAUCUUAUGAGCAGCCUACCUACACUUCAUAUGAUCGACCUUACGAACAACCUACCUACACUUCAUAUGAUGGAUCCUACGAACAACACAACAGGUUUCAUGGUGUUCCCGAUGAGACUACUUGGUUUCCUAAUCAGAGCUAUCAGGAUGUCUACAGAGAGGAGGAAUCUCAAUACCAGGAAUUCUUGCCUUAUGAUGAAGACAGUAAAAUUUCAUCUCAGCCUAUUUUUAGCUACAAUCAGAAUUUUGGUGAACAACCGCUGCACAUUCAAGUUGAGCCUCCAGAGACAGUUUCUUCUCACAAGUUGGAGUACUAUGAGAACUUCUCGACAUACAACCACCAAAAUGAUGUUGAUAAUUUGGAGAGUUCAAGACAAUCAUAUGAGAUACAACCCUAUGUGCACAUACCUUAUGAUCAACUUGAACCUUAUAGGCCUUCAUGGUCUCUGAAUUCAGGAUACUAUCAGGCCUGCACAGAAGGGAUAGCUCCUGAAUAUGACAAUCAUACACUGGCAUCUGAUGAAUGCUGGGAUAUGUCAAGUUUAUUUAUGUCUCCAUUCUAUCCUCAAGAAACACGAUCUUAUGAGCAGUCUCAUGGUGAUGAAAAUGUCUAAAUUGGAAGAGCAACUGGAACGUGCUUUCUGAAGAUAAUCAACAGAUAGCUAAAUUGGGUGACGAAACUAACCAUAUAAGUCAAUGCUGGAACUUUGGACUUUACUCAACAUAUACUGAGUACUCUGUAUUGUAGCAAUGUCACUUCAGGUUCAGUUGUAUUUAUAUAAUUGUAUUCACACGUGAUUUAAAUUUACUGGCUAUGUAUAAUGAAAAUUUUACAUGUAAGAUAUUAUGUUCCAAGUAUAUGGGAGACCAGUUGCAGAAUUGCUGACCAGAGAUACAUUCACCCGAUGUUAGAUUUUCGGUUUGCCUAAGGCUGAAGCUGAUUUUGUACAUUUCUUCUUCAUUACCAGAGUAUUGUUUGUACCAGAAAAUUCUGUGUUCCUGGCUGCAAAUAGCAUCAGAUAUUACAUUCUUCCUUACAUGAGUGCAAUAGCAGUCUUUUCAUCUUGCUUUACCCAUAAGUUACAAGGCGGCUUAGUUCACACCUCAGUCUAAUUUACAAUUUUCAUCUUGUUUGACGUAAGCCAGGUUUUGCUGCCCUGUUUCUGUAUGUAUGUCUUUUCACAAUGUCCUGUGUCAAAGUUAUUAGGUAGUGUAAAACCGAACGAUCAUUUCAGGAUCUUCGUAGGGCUCUACUUGCUCUGCGUGUCAUUUGAUACCAGAGACAUCCUUUGUUCCUCACUGAGAGUUACUUUCUGUUAUGUAGUUCUUAAAAUCUACUUAUGUGGUAAUCAUCAGCAAGAUGUUCUAUGAAACAUUUUUUCAUGGUACUAGGUACUUUUUUGGUAGAACUGUUCCAUGUUUCUUUUGUUUCAAGCUACGCUGUGCGAAUUUAUGGGCAGCAGUUUGUGACAUAAUAAUAUCUGGGACAGUGUUGUCUAUUAUGAAGAAACUAUUUGUUCUUAGCUCUUUAUUCUAUCAUCAUUCCUAGGCAGUGACAAAGUUUGAAAAGCCCAAAGAUGCACUGUUUUGAGGACUUGUAGCUUCCCUGAAAACUUGGUCAUGAAGCAACCAAAGGUGGGGACUUUGAUGAAGCUACGGCUAAACCCGGUUACAGCAUACAGCGUACAAAGAUGGGCCCUCAUUCCAAGCAUGAUCUAUUGGCAGGUCAAAUCUUUGCUGCUAUCCUGGGCCUCCAUGGCCUGGCCCAACUGGUCCUUUGGUCCACUUUGGUAUGGAUGGAGGUGGAUAGAUGAUCCAAGAAUAGAACUAGAGAUGUUUUAAAAGUGGACUGGUGGCGCAAAAGGAAAAUUCCGGCAGACCUGAAACCAAUUGAGAUACUAGUUGCCAAUGGAUAGCCUUUACAUCUUGAAAAACAUAUAUUUUACAGGGUAACUUUCCCAGUAUUGCAGCUUGCAGCAUUCAAAUCCCAACUUGCAUCAAGUUUCGGCACUUAAGUAAUAAUGUGUUCAACGUCCUAUCAGUCCUAAAAUGCUUGCCAGGGUGGAACUAAGUUUAUAUAUACAGGUCGACCAAAGUUGCGACUUGGGCAUAGAGAAUGGCAAACUGGAGCAUCUCUAGGAUGUGUAGUAUAUUGUAAAUCUCUAGUGGUUGGCUCGCAAAUGCAAGGACCAAGGAGGCCCUGUGUCACUGUCACCUCUACCUGGAAGCCGUCCACAGCUCCGGUGCCAACCACCUGUCUGUAUCGGGUAAGUGUAUUUGGUUAUGAUGACAUGCAGCUUCAUUCUAGUCAUUCUAACCGCGUGCACUGGCAGUUGUUUACAUGGGAGUAAUAAGCUUAUCACUGGUAGUACUUGCUUGCGCAGUCAAUCUCAAGAUGAUUACUAGUUGGCCUGCUGUGUGUUAGAAAUUUGGUCAGGAAGAACAGGUAAGUUGAGCAUUUCUUGCUUGCAAGUACUCGUAGCUUUCUUGGAAUAGAGAAGGUUAUAGUAGUACUAGUGAAGAAGACCCGUAUGCAGUAGCACUGAUGUCACUGAUGUGUGUCUGCACUCUACUCCGCCCGCUCUGAGAUGGAUCUCCGUCCACAGUCCACAGUGCAGAGGUGGUCUCGUCCCGGAAAUUUCGGCCGUGUACCAACAAGAGUCCAAGUGCCAGCCACAUGGGGUUGGGGCUAGUGGCUACUACUAUUCCCUCCAUCCAUCUCCUGCUCCUCGACUCCCACAUGGCCACAUGAGCCAGAGUGAGUGAGCAGGGGUGCUGGGAGCUAUGGCGCCCAGAUCUGCGCUGUAUGGUACAGUGCUGCCUUGCACAAGCACAAUUCUCAUCAAUGGCGAACCGGAACCAGAAGCAGAGCAAGGUCUGAUCCUGAGGGGUUGCUGCUCGGAGGGAAUGGAUGCAAGUAUGCAACUUUGAGUACGGAAAGGACAUCGUCGGCUCGGCGACUCGCAAGCGCAUGUUGAGUAGCGGUGCCAUUCAUUGUAGUCCGUCACGGGAUCACACACAGAAAUGAAGCUGUGGCUGCCUGACCCGACCUGACGUUGUCAAUUCCGAAUAGUCGUGUUGCCUGCUGGUGCGGGGCCAUGCCCUGCGCUGCGGCGGUAUGGCACGGGCGUCCUCCGGUUCCGGUCCUGAUAGAUUCUGCUGUCGUUCACGCUCGCCGUCGCCCAUCUCCGGUUGUGACCUUUGUAAUCUUUUGCGGCGGCAUGGCAAUGGUUGCCCAUCCACCUAUACUAUUAGGGUGAAUAUGAUUAAAGGUGCUGAAA